AUGAUGCUAAAAAGUACAACUCUUACUUCUUUGGUAACCUUGUCUCUACUCGUAAUCUUUCUUACGUUCUCGCACGCAACACCCGUACCCUGUUCCCCUGUAGGCGUUGCCAAAUUCGACAUACUCGGCGGCCAAAUUAAAUUCACUCAAGUUGAUGCAACUAAUGUUCAAAUUGAAGGACAACUCACGAGAGGCAUCACAGACACUAAUGCUGAGCUUUAUCAUGCUCUAAUUGGUAACUCCAUUGACCUCACCUUCGCACAGCUAUGUGUAGUUAUCACACCGCCUGGCACUAAUCCUUUUAAAUCCGUUAUUCCUGGAAAUGUUACUAGUUUAAUUGAUCAAACGCUUACGAUUACAAAGAGAGAUAUCAUUGAUGUUACUCUCGAUUCAGCGUUGAUUGAGUCCGAACAAUUGGGAAAAGCUAAACGCAGAAUUAUAGCAUGA